AUGACCGUUGGACGGUUUGGCGGGCUUGAGGGAGGGCAGAAGGAUGGAGGGACAUACCGACAGACAGACAUACAGAAAGUGAACGUGGAAAGCUGUACACAGACCAAGCUUGUCAUUUCGACCUAUGACGCAGCCGACAACGGGCUUGUGUACAUCCAGGGCCAGGGAGACGCCUGCAAGCGUGUGACGUCAUCAGGAAUUGCGUUUUACGAAUUCGAUUUUGAGGAGUGUGGAAUAAAAUGGGAAAUGUUGUUCCGAAUCGUGGUUCAGAAAAGCAGAGGAUACCAGACCGGAGCCGAUAAAGUUAUCCCCAUUUUCUGCGUCGCCGAUACAAGUGACCUUCUGGUUUCCAAUAGCAACAAAGCAGACAAGCAGGAUGAUAGCAGCGUCAAUAUGACCGUUAAACCUUCGGCAGCCAUGAAGUUCUACAAGGUUGUAUCCGACGAAGAAGUCAGUGGGACGGAGGUUAAACUUUCGGAUGUCCUUAUCAUGACGUUGCAGCUUGGCGACGAGUGGACAGGAGACUUCGAUAUCAAGGCAAGAUAUUGCAUUGCUUCUCAGAUUGUCCUCAUCGACGAUUUUUGCGCCACUGACACGGACCUGUUCCCGAACUUCUCGCGUUUCAAGCGCGGUUACCUCAUGAGCGAGUUCGGGGCCUUCCGGUCAACCAACUUAGAGGGAGGAGCGAUUGAGAUGAACUUUACAUGUGUGCUGCAAGUCUGUAAAGGCGACUGUGAAGAGAUAAAAAAGCAUUUAAACUUGUAUAAUAUAGAUGAACGUUUAUUACCGUUUCUAUCAAAGUCCAACUGCAUGGGCUAUGCCGGUUGGGGACGCAAGAAGCGAGAUGUUACGCCUGCCAACGUGAUAGGAGAAAUCAAUGCAUCGAACAAAGUCCCGAGCAAGCAAGAAAGCGUGGGGUCCAUUGGACAUGACAUUGCCAAAAGACAGACGGAGGAUUUCGAUAUCGACGUCGGGGCUCGAGUGAAAAUUGUGGAGAAAUAUUCCGAAAUCCAAAUCAUCACAGAAGAAACGAUGUGCAUGAAUGGAGCAGUACUCAUCACCACUAUCGUGUUUCUCAGCACGGGGGUAAUUUGCUUAGCAGGGUCCACUUUCGUUUUCUACCGGAAAUUCGCCAGUGCGCAUGCUCAGGCGUUGUUAGGACAGCGACAAAGUGAUCAUCCCGUUCGGAACGACUCGGCUCCUUCCUAUAGCGUUCCAUUCGGCAAGAACAUUUAA